AUGUCCGAUGGAUACUACAGUUCGAAGAAGACGGAUGAUAUCUGCGACGAUGUUUGUGGACAGGGAUCAAAAGCAGCAGCAACAAUGUCAAGGCUAAAAUGCGUUCUCAGAGGUUUCGACCUAAGAACAUACUUGCUACUCUUUCUCUUGAUGCCAUUUGCAAUCUUCGCAAUCUACUUGCACGGCCAAAAGUUCACUUACUUCUUCAGACCGCUCUGGGAAUCACCUCCAAAGCCGUUCCAAACCAUCCCUCACUACUACAACGACAACGUAACAAUGCAAUCCCUCUGCACUCUCCACGGCUGGAAAAUCAGAGAAACACCAAGACGUGUCUUCGACGCCGUCCUCUUCAGCAACGAGAAAGAUCUCUUAACCGUCCGUUGGAAAGAGCUUUACCCUUACGUCACACAGUUCGUCCUCCUCGAAUCAAACUCAACCUUCACCGGAUUACCCAAACCGUUCGUCUUCAAGUCCAACAAGGACCGGUUUAGCUUCGUGGAGCCGCGGCUAACGUACGGAACCAUCGGAGGACGGUUUAAGAAAGGAGAGAACCCGUUCGUGGAAGAAGCUUACCAGAGAGUUGCGUUAGAUAAGCUUCUUAGAAUCGCCGGUAUUGAAGAGGACGAUCUUCUGAUCAUGUCGGACGUCGACGAGAUCCCGAGUGCUCACACGAUCGAUCUCUUGCGAUGGUGCGACGACAUUCCUCCGGUGCUUCACCUCCAGCUCAAGAACUACUUGUACUCUUUCGAGUACUACGUCGACAGCAAGAGCUGGAGAGCGUCGGUGCACCGGUACAGUCCGGGGAAGACUCGGUACGCGCAUUUCCGACAGAGCGAUGUGAUGUUGUCUGAUUCUGGAUGGCACUGCAGCUUCUGUUUCCGUUACAUAAGCGAGUUUGUUUUCAAGAUGAAAGCGUAUAGUCACUCGGACCGUGUGAGGUUCUCUCAUUACUUGAAUCCGAAGAGGAUUCAAGAUGUUAUAUGCAGAGGAACGAAUUUGUUUGAUAUGUUGCCUGAGGAGCAUACGUUUAGGGAGAUGAUUGGGAAAAUGGGACCUGUGCCUAGGUCUUAUUCAGCUGUUCAUUUGCCUUCGUACCUGCUUGAUAAGGCUGAGUAUUACAAGUACUUGUUACCGGGUAAUUGCGUAAGAGAAAGCCAGACAGAGUUUAUAUGA